UCGAGGUGUCAGUUUGUGCUGAAGAUAUUUAUGGUGGCCAAUUACUUGCAUGCCAUGAGGGCUGAAGACUGUUCUGUGUUCAUUGAGAUUGAUUGUGGAUGUAGUGUGUGGUAGGAACUUGCUUUCCAUUCAUAUCUUGGACAUGUCUUAUUCCUUGGGACGGUGUUUGCGUAGUGCACCUGUUACGUCACUGUGUUGCAGCUCAGCAGAGCAUGUAGGAACAGCUCCACUACUACGUCAUCACUGCCCGCCGCCUUCAACAAGGGCCUUUUGGUCAUGGCCCAGCUCUCGGCCAUACAGUGUUGUCCGCCCGGCUAUUGUCUCACCACAGCGCACUGUGCCGGACGCCAUUCGCCAGCCCGAGUACGCCACCACGUCGUGUCCUGCCAGGGCCGACCGUCCGAUGCUUCACAGGACGCCCGACACGACGGAGCGUAUGCGCCGUGCGUGCCAGCUAGCCAAGUCUGUGCUGGCUCGUGGUGGUGAGCUGUGCAAGGAAGGAGUUACAACAGAUGAGAUUGACUCUGUUCUUCACGAGAUGAUCUUGCAAGCCGGCGCAUAUCCGUCUCCGCUCAACUACCGAAAAUUCCCAAAGUCGAUCUGCACCUCUGUCAACAAUGUCCUGUGCCAUGGAAUACCAGAUAACCGUGCUCUUCAGAAUGGCGACAUUGUCUCGGUUGACAUAACGGUCUAUCUGGAUGGUAUGCAUGGUGACACGUGCGCAACGUUUGCGGUCGGAGAAGUCAACGAGGAAGCUUCGCGUUUGCUUCAGGUUGCUGAAGAGUGCACGCAGGCAGCCAUUGCAUCUUGUGCACCGGGCAUGUCCUUUUCCGUAAUACCCACGUCAGUACGAUCUGUGCUUCGAGAUACGUCGUUCAAUGUUUCGCCAAACAUCACUGGCCACGGCAUCGGUAAAUUCUUCCACAUGCCACCCGUCAUUUGCCAUGGAUCCCCUGCAGAAGCUGGCGUGAUGGAGACAGGCAUGACGUUUACGAUCGAGCCCAUCAUCACAACAGGCUGGCCGUAUCACCGUACUCUCAAGGACAAGUGGACAUUGGUGACCAUGGAUCAUGGACGAGCUGCUCAGUUCGAGCACACAAUCCUCAUAACCGACACUGGCGUGGAGAUACUAACGGCAUAGCACCCGUGCUGACGACAACGACCGCAUGGUACUGUACAUGCUGGUGCAGCUCAUGUUGUGUUAGUCUACUUCCUUUUAAAGAGGAUUUCUAUAUUUUCAAAGGAAAGCGAAUCGUAAUCCUGACCAUAGCACUGAAUGUCAUGUGCUUGAACAGAAUAGAUUAGUGUCCAUUACUUUCCUGCCGGGAAGGUACAAUGUAGUAAUGUUGCUAUCACAGCAGUGCCCCUGCAUCGUGAUGAAAGCGCUCCCCAACAUCCACAAAAGUAGAAGCCAAUUUCUUUGUACUUGUAUAACUUAUUGCCACCAAUCACCCUAUCUUAUGGUGUAUUUAUCCUCUUUUUGUUCUUGCUCGGUUUUGCACUCUUGCAAUUACCUGUAUUGACAAUGAGUUUUGACUAGUGCUUGUAGAGGGAGUAGUAGCAGCUAUAUGUAUUUGUGAAGCCUUUGUUUGUCUCUAGCUUUUCGAAGCAACACGGUCUUAGCCUUUAUCCUGGAGCUGGUCUCCCGAGUAUAAUCAUCUUUAGCGGCUUCAGCUUCUAAUACAAUGCAUUCUUACCUGACUGGCGCGUGUGACUUUGAAGACAACGCUGUAUUUCUGAA